AAUUUUUUGCCUACUAGGGAGAAUUUUUGUUGAUUGAAGACAUAGAUUGUUCGCUCGAAGUUUGGUUAUAUAUGAGGAGUUAUGGAGAGAGAACCUAUCUAACAAAUGGAAGGCUUUGAUGAUUCAACAUUAAAUAGUGUCAUAGAGUCUCAUUAUCCUUUCAUAUCGUAUAGACCUUUACGACCAUCUGAUUUAAAAGUUCUUGAGAAGAUCCAUGGAGAGUUGUUCCCUUUCAGUGAAAAAGUGUAUAAUUCGGGUGUCCUAGGUACGAACCUGAGUUUUUCCAAGAUAUUGUAAAUGGAGGUAAUGGCAUUGUAUCUUGGGGAGCUGUUGACUGCAAUAGGACCAAUGGUAAGAGUGAUGAACUUAUUGGAUUUGUUACCACAGAAGUUGUCUUUGCAAGAGGAAGCGAGGUAGAUGAUUUUGUCAAGUUUGAUCCAUCAAAGCCUAAUGAGACUGUAGUUUAUAUCUUAACGCUUGGAGUCUUAAAAUCUUAUAGAAAGCUUGGAAUAGCCACUUCUCUAAUCAGUUUGGUCAUUGAUUAUGCCACAAGCAUGCAAACUUGCAAAGCAGUUUAUCUUCAUGUGGUUUCCGACAAUGCACCGGCUAUCUCGCUCUACAAGAAAAUGUCAUUUAAAUGUAUAAGGAGAUUGUGUUCUUUUUAUCCGAUCGAAGCCGGUCAGCGGGACGCAUUCUUGUACAUAUACUACCUUAAUGGUGGCCGUUCUCCUCGCUCGCUCAUAGAGGCUGUUACCCUUUUGAUUAGUUAUGCAAAGGGUAUACUUCAAAAGUCCAUCACGGCCAUAUUGUGAAAAUGUGAGAAAGUAGACUUCCGAUUUCCGAAUGUAUGGAAACAGAACAAACUUUUGGGAGGACAUAAUGUAACUGAAACAACAAGCAGAGUUCAAUUUGUUUAUUCAUCAAUUAUAUGUACACCUCUUGAAAUCGUGUGAAUAAUGGAUGAGAAGAUAAAAGCAAUAUUUUAGUCCUAAUUUUAUUGUUUGUGAGGUUCACAAUUUCACAUGCCUUCAAAAAGAGAUAUGAUGAUUGAGAUCAAAAGACAUACACUUGACACUUUCAGUAAGCUAAUGAUCUUCAUAUCUACGAAGAACUGGAUAUCUAGCCUACUACGCAACAAACUAGUGAGUUUACAUACAGAAAAUGACUUUACAUUAGUGUUGCUCUUCUGCUUCAUCAUCAUGUUUGGAAAAGAAAUCAAAUCAUGUCAUGUUUCAUGCUUCUAGUAGAUGCUUGAUGCUUCAAUACUUGUAUUGUAACGAGAGCUUCGAGCUUUAUGUACUUGGGCAUGUUGGUCUCAUACAGGACCCAUUAAAUUCAUUUUUUGGGGGUUCAAAAUAAUUUUUCGGGGCGAAAAUUAUUUUUUGAGGUGGUGAAAAUUAUUUUUCGUAUAUAUACAUUAAAAAAAUAUUGUUGGGAGGGCGAUAGCCCCUGGAUCUCUACUACGGUCCGCCCUUGGUCUCAUAUAUAUCAACAGUCUGGCCUCUUUUUUAUAUGAACUCCUCUUGGUAGACUUGUAAACCUCGAUCAUUCAUCUUCCAAGUCUAUUAUUAUUCAUCAUCUUCUCCAUUCUAGCUCUAUAGCUCUCUAAAUUACUCUGUAUAUUUUUUUUUAUCAUCAAACGGGCCUCUAUUCAUAUCAAAAGAUUCAGGAUCGUUACAUCAAGCAAAAGGAAAAUAAAACUGACACCAACUGAAACUCCAAAAACUACGACUGUAACCCUAUGGUGAGACUUUGAGACGGUCACCCCUGAGAGAGCAACACGAAUCGCUAACCAUGUAAUGAACUUGACACAGCCAAACCUGUUCCCAUAGAUCCAACCAUACCCAAUGACAUAAAGAGAGGUAAAAAAACUCAAACAAACUGUCAAAACCAACAACAAAAGUGGAUACAAGAAAACAAAUGACAAACAGAUAAAAACUACAAGAAAAGCGUUCACGAAUACUAGCACCUCGUACAUCCCAUGGUGGUGGUUCAGGAGGAGGUCGUACCACCGGGACCAUGCUAGUUGAUCCUCCGUGACCUUUGGCUGCCAAAGACCAUGCAACAGUCCUCCGUCCCUGCAUAACCAAACUCAUCCAUGCUCCGUGCGACCAGAGUAAACGGAUAGACGGCGCCAAUCUUCUCCAAGGAAGACAGCAACGCCUCAUACUCGAACUUUGACCACAACGCCGAUCUCCUCAAGCCAUGACAGCAAAUCCGCCCUCCGAAGACGAAGCACAAACAACAGGGACCGUCUUUCGAUUAAAAUCGAAGACGGAAAAAGCGAUCGUCCUUCGAUUAAAAUCAAAGACGGAAAAAGCGGCCGUCCUUCGAUUAAGAUCGAAGACGGAAAAAGACUCCAAGCGGCCGAAGCCCUAGAGAGAAGCGAGAAAUUCCCUACUCCGUAUAUAUUUGGAUACUCAAUUAUCCAUCACUACUAAUGUUAACAUUGUAUUUCACUCUAUUUAUUUCAUUUUAAGUCCUACUUACAACCCUUCAACCGAGUAGGGAUACCUCUACAACAAUUGUAUAAAUUUAAAAAAAAAAAUAGCUCAACUAAAGCAGAAAUGUCUUACCAAAAUUAGUCUCAGUACUAAGGGAGUGUUUGCAACUGCUUCUGCUUAAAAAACACUUGUGGACAUGUAAAGAAAAAGUGAUUAGUAGGAAAAGUUGAUAGUGUUUGAGAAAAAAGUGAUUUUGAAAAGUAAAAGUUGAUAGUGUUUGGUAAAAUAAGUGCUUUUUGUGUAAUAGAAAGGGGAAAAGCACUUUUCACACGCAAGCCGAGAAAAAGUAAAAAUUGAUAGUGUUUGAUAAAUAAGUGUUUUUUAAGCCAAAAGCUGAGAAGUGCUUUUUUUAAGUGAUUGCAAACACUCCCUAAGUCUCGCCCGCUUUGUUUAAGUGCAUAUUUGACAGAUAUAAGUUUUUUCUUUCUAGCUUUUGUACUGUUUAAAAAGUUUCUAAAAGUUUCUAGUUGUAGUUGUAUGUUUGGCAUGACAAAUUUUAAAAGUUUUUCAAAAUAUAAAAGAUCUUUUUUUAGAUGCUACAUAGAGUAGCAUCCGAGAAAAGUCUGUGACUUUUAGUAUCAAUUUGUCUUAAUAGCUUGUAUACCAAACAUAUCUAAAUCCAACAGUCAGCUUUUUACCAUACAGUCACUAAAAGUUAACAAUUAUUUAAACACUUACAAAAGUAUCUUUCAGCUAGUUGUGUCAAACAUACUCUAACUACUAAAGUUAAAAAUCAUUUGGAGCUUAAUUUAGAAGAGAUCCCGUAUGGGCUUUGGGUGUAAUCUCGAUGAAUAGGUAACCUUAUUUAUUUAUUUAUUUAUUUAUUUAUUUUGUACGUUGGUGUAACAUUCUGCUUGAAAUAUUACAAACUACUUCAAUUUAAAAUUGUUAUUGUUAUUGUAAUAAAAUUGGUGUGCUCGAUUAGUUCUUCCAGUGCGGAGUACCCUACGAAGUAGAGGUAUUCAACUUGAUGACACUUGCCCCUUUUGUAACUGUGGAGAAGAGUCUAUACAACACUUAUUUUUGGAUUGCUCAAUCACACAAACUAUGUGGUCAGAUUCUUUCAAAGAACUGUAACCUCACCAAAAUUCCAUCUUUCUUUCUUGGCUAUCUGGGAUCAAAUCAGGGACGGAGGAAGAUAAGAAAAAAUUGCAGCUCUCUUGUGGACUGUUUGGAAGGCUCGAAAUGAGCUUAUCUGGAACGAUAAACGCCUUAGCUCCUCAGAAAUACAGUUUUUGGCCUUAAAGCUUAUACAUGACUGGACUUCUCCUACUCAGAAUCUCUAUUCAGCAGCUGAGCCCGAUCGACUUCAACUCAUGGCUUAUACUAUUCCAGAAAAUAAUGUGGUGUGCCACGUGGAUGUUGCCGUUGACCCACAGACAGGGAAAGCUUACUUUGGAGCGGUUAUUUGUUCCAUAACUAACGAUUUUAUUGCAGCUAAAAAUGACCCUCUUCGGUAUACUAUAGACCCACACACGGCUGAAGCAAUGGCAGUGAAAGAAGCCCUCUCGUGGAUGAAGAAUGAAGCUUGGACAAAUAUUCGGGUGGAGAUGGAUUGUCUCAAUGGGUGUAAUUUUCUGAAUGUUCCAACUCAGGAUUUUUCUUAUGCAGGUGCCAUCAUUUCCAGCUGCAGAUCUUUAGCAAGACAGUUUAAAAAGGGUCUAGUCUGGUAAACGUCUGGUCUCUGUGUAUUUUAUAACUACGGAAGUUAAGUUUGGUCUGAUCUGGUCUGGGACUGAAAACAGUCCAAAAGAAAACAUCCAAGUUGUGAUAUUCUAAUUUUGUUUUGCACUUCCAUAAAGUAAAUUUCUUUUUUUAUCACAUUAGAUUUCUAUAUAUGUAAAUUUUACAUGUUAAUACGGAGUACUAAGUUAUACCUUAUCAAAAUAAAUAUUUU